UCAGAUGGGCGCAGUUUAUGAACAGCAACUUGUGGAGGAGAAGCGCUCAAGUUUCUUAACGCGCUUGUGAUCAGACCGACAAUCUGAACAAAGCGGCGCAAGUGGACGCCAAAUCAUGACGCGCGACUGUGUUUGAACAAUGUGUGGAUUAUUGUUGUCAUUACUAAUAUGAGUGGCCAUGGCGUGGUGUGACCGUGGGAUUCAGAUGCUGCUGGCCACCGUCGGUGCUUUUGUGGCGUUUAGUUUGAUGAGCAUCGCGAUCGGUACCGACUAUUGGCUUUAUUCUCGGGCUUAUAUCUGUAAUGUCACCAACAUCACCACGGACGAGACGCAGACGCAGCCCAAGAAGGUCCGCGGAGAUCUCACGCACUCCGGGCUGUGGAGGAUCUGUUGCAUUGAAGGUCUUAACAAAGGAAGUUGUUACCGAAUCAAUCAUUUCCCGGAUGAUAAUGAUUAUGACACAGACAGCUCAGAGUACCUUUUACGUAUCGUGCGUGCCUCCAGUGUGUUUCCCAUCCUCAGUACCAUCCUGCUGUUGCUGGGGGGGCUGUGUGUGGGAGUGGGACGCCUCUACAGCAAGAUGAACAACAUAUUACUCAGCGCAGGAAUACUGUUUGUUGCAGCAGGUCUAAGCAACAUCAUUGGCAUAAUCGUCUACAUCUCCAGCAAUGCCGGCGACCCCAGUGACAAGCGAGAUGAAGACAAGAAGAACCAGUAUAACUACGGCUGGUCCUUCUACUUUGGAGCGCUCUCGUUCAUCGUGGCAGAGGCAGUAGCCGUUCUGGCCAUCAAUAUCUACAUUGAAAAGAACAAAGAAGUACGCUUCAAAGCACGGCGUGAGUUCAUCAAGUCUACCUCGUCGUCUUCACCUUAUUCUCGCAUGCCUAGUUUCCGUUACCGCCGACGGCACUCGCGCUCCAGCUCUCGCUCCACGGAAGCGUCCCGCGAGGCAUCACCUGUGGGCAUGAAGAUGAUGAGCUCAGUGCCUUUAGGAGAGAUCAGCAUGUACACGUUGACAAGAGACCCCCUCAAGUCAGGGACAGACAGCUCCUACAGCCCUGACCACGAUUCUGGAUUUCUCCAAGUGCACAACUGCUUUUCCAAAGACCUUAAUGAUGGUAUAAAUAGGAGGACAACACCUGUAUGAGGGUACAAAGUGGAACGGAAGAGAUAAAGAUAUGGCCAUAAUGAACAGGUAGCCAGCGGGGCUCAGUGGCCUGUGGCAGAUGCCAGUGGAAGCGAUACUCUUGGUGAAGCCAGUAAACCAAUGAUGUUUCUCAUCGGGGAAGGAGAAACACUGUGUUAAGUAGGAUGGGGUUUGGUCUCGAAGCUCAACUAACUUGGAACAUGCUAAUUCUUUUUUUCCUGUGUUGCUUUUUACAAAUAAAUGGAAAUUCUCCAAAAGACUUAACUCUCAUCGAAGGGCAAGACAAAAAAACGUGAAGUGGAUGGUCUUUGGACAAGACGGCGAAGGGCUUAAAGUAUCAGAACUUUAGUCAGUACAGUACCAUACUCUUAAUGUAUACCACCAUGAAAAUGACUCUCAGUACAUGAGAUGGUGCUAACACUGGCUCACAGUUGAAGCCUUCCCCUCAGUGUGUGUUCAGUAGAAACCUGAUUUGAAUACUGAAUGCCUUGCUUGUGUCAGAUGUUUGUAGCCACAGUUGUCUAGCCCUAUUCAGUGUGCCUAUCAGCUUGGCAGUGUUAACUGCUCAGACUUACUUUGGAGCCUCUUUGAAACACAUUUCAUUGCUGUGAAAACUGUAUUCCUCUGUUAGUGUUGUUGUAAAACAUAAAUAUCAGUUGAAUUAAAGAAUAUUAAUUAGCACAUUUUACUUUAGGAGAUGUAUGACUAUCAGUUGCUUAUGAAAACCCUACUGAAAAGAACAGCUUAGGCCAGAUUCAUUUUUGGUAAAGCCAGUUGAUCAAAGGAUGCUGGUUAAAGUCAACAUGUCUUCAAGAAGUCAUUGAGUGCUUUUCCACCAUUGGGCCGAAUGGUUUUCGUUGUGGAACCGUGCUGAUCCGUACCGAUCCAGGCUUUUUGGCACAGUUAUGGUUUCUUUUUCCACUGCAGUGAACCGAAUUCAGGAUUGAACUGACUUGGCAAAUGACCAAUUAUGUAUACGGAAUCAUUAAAGAAUGGAAAGCUUCCCCCAACCAUGACACAAGCCCGGAUCAGUCUGAUUCUUAAAAAGGACAAAGAUCCAAGUGAGUGUAAGUUACCGUCCAAUUUCCCUGAUCCAGCUAGAUGUAAAAAUUUUGUCAAACAUUUUGGCUAACCGAUUAAGUAAAGUUAUGACAUCUCUUAUACAUAUAGAUCAGGUGGGGUUUAUUCGGGGCCGCAGCUCUUCUGAUAACAUUAGGCGUUUCAUCAAUAUCAUGUGGUCAGUGGCGAAUGAUCAGUCUCUGGUCACUACCAUCUCACUUGACACCGAAAAGGCGUUUGAUAUGGUAGAAUGGGAUUAUCUUUUUAAGAUUUUGGAAAUGUAUGGGUUCGGGAGUACAUUUAUUGGUUGGAUUAAGUUACUUUAUAGACACCCUGUAGCAGCGGUACAAACAAAUGGAUUCAUUUUAGAUUAUUUCACUCUGAACAGGGGCACUCGGCAGGGUUGCCAUCUUUCCCCAUUAUUGUUCUGUCUUGAGCUGGAACCAUUAGCAGCCGCGAUAAGAAAGGAGGAUGAUUUUCCAGGGGUGAUGGCGGGAGGUGUGGCGCAUAAGCUUCUGCUUUACGCAGAUGAUAUUUUAUUAUUUGUCUCUGACCCUACUAGAUCUGUGCCUUGCCUCCACAGAAUUAUUAAUUCCUUUUCCAAGUUCUCAGGAUACAAAGUAAAUUGGUCUAAAUCCAAAGCUUUGUCUCUGACAGUGUACUGCCCAGUAACGGCCUUUUAGCUGGGCACCUUCCAGUGGCCCAAACAGGGCAUUAAGUAUUUGGAUAUUUUAUUCCCAGCAAAUUUGUCUGAUUUAGUUGAGUUAAUUUUAACCCUUUAAUAAAAAAGGUUUUUGAGUGAAGUGGACAGGUGGGCUUCAUUACAUUUAUCUAUGAUUGGGAAGGUUAAUGUUAUUAAAAUGAACUGUAUUCCAAAAUUCAACUACCUGCUACAGUCACUCCCUAUAGAUGUCCCUCUUUCUUAUUUCAAGCAAUUUGAUAGCAUAGCGAAGUCCUUCAUUUGGAAUGGUAAGCGUCCCAGACUACAUUUCAACAAAUUACAUAGGCCGAUUGACAAAGUUGGGCUAGGCAUACCCAAGAAUUUGUUUUAUUAUUAUGCAUUCGGUCUCAGGCAUUUGGCUCAUUGGUCGCUUCCACCUGAAAGAGCCACUCCCUGGUUUUCUAUUGAACAGGAAGUCCUUGCCCCUAUUUCGCCAUUGCAAAGCCUUUCUAUCCAACUAACCGGUGAAGUUAAGUCACACCCCGUUAUUACACAUUUGCACGUGAUUUGGACAAGAGUGGCCAGAGUAUUUAAUAUGGACAUUUAAAUAAAUGUUGCCUCAAGCAUAUGGCUGAACCCCAAAUUGUGUAUAAACAAGUUCCCUUUCUAUUGGUCAGAGUGGAUUGUGAGGGGGGUUACUACACUCGGCGACCUGUAUGAGAGUGAAGUGUUGAGAUCUUUUGAGAAUUUGGGUCAUCAUUUUGGGAUUCCCAGAUCUCAGUUUUAUAGGUAUUUACAGCUGCGCCACAUGCUCUGUACUGUUUUUGGGAGUAGCACACACCCCCCUAAGGCGGCAGGUGCUUUGGGAGAGGUGAUUGCUGCUUUUGGAAAAGGUCAUGAGGCAUCAGUGUAUUACUCCCUGCUAAUUCAGAGUCUGGGGGAUGGAGCUUUAACUUCUAUCAAGAGAUUAUGGGAGAAAGAUUUGAAUUUGGUAUUGGAGGAAGGAGUGUGGACUAGGAUUCUAAAAAAUGUAAAGUCUGCAUCUACAGAUAGUAAUAGAGGGGGUUAGGUAUUUGUUUGUAAAUGUUUUUGCUUUUAUUUGUUAAUAUAUGAAUCAAUAAAAAAAAAAAAACAUUUAUAUAAAAAAAAAAAAAAAAAACUUGUAUUGAACCGAAAAAAAAAAGACCAAUUAUGAGUCGCAGCAUCACUACAGGCAUUUCACCACAAUGGUUUACUGUCCUAAGUACGGUUACCUAACUGUGCAGAGAAAUUCAGGCUAUGAGCGGUUUGUGGAAAACUCAAAUGGAAAACCUAAUGGGAUUGUUACUCACCAUGCUCAGAACCGUUCGGCCGAUUGUGGAAAAGUGCUUAUUGUUGAACACCUCCGAUUUUACUUCCUCAAUGUGACAUAUUUUUAAGUGAAAAAGAGUAUUCAAUCAUUUGAAUCGGCGUUCAAUACCAAAAUGGAUCCAAACCUGAAUGUGAGUUUGCAUUUAAUUGUGGAGGACUACUCCCCUCCUAAAACACUGCCAGUCCCUGUUGGUUAAAACUUAAGUAGCCUUGGUGACAUCAUCUGAACAGGAAAGUCAUUUCAGAGGUGGAGCAUGUAAUUUCAACUUUGAUGAAAUAUUAGGCAAAUAAACAUUUUGCUUUAGAAUAAGGCUGUGUUCAGACUGCCACAAAAAAUCUGAUUUUUUGCAUAACCAGAUUGUAUCCAGAUUAGUUUUUAUAGACUGGACAGCAAAAAACCACAUGAAAUCGGGAGGUGGUUUCAAAUGCUAUUUAAAUCUGAUUUUGUUCAGAUGCGUCUCAGUCCGGAAGUUCUGGCUGCUCUAAUCGGAUUUCAAAUGGUCUUUUACGUCACUCUUAACGUGACACACAACAAUGAUGUCAAAAAUCGGUGACGGAAAUGCCGGAAGUAUUCAUAAGCCGGCCGUGACUGCUGCACGGAACAUCACAAUAUUUUUUCACAGAGAUUUUCUUGUGCGACAGAGGAGUUCUGCACCGCGACUGGACAGGGCACUUAUUUAGAGAGCGAGAUGAUGCACCUCCAUUUUUCCCGCAUCUGUUUUGAAAGCAUCAUCACAUGGGUAAGCCUGCGUUGUUACCAAAGCAACCCAUGCAGAUAGGUUGGUUAUGUCUGAACGCGCAAAUCUGAUUUGAUAACUUGCAAUUAAUAGUGCAGAUAGUCUGCCUGAAAAGAUCUGAUUUGAGAAAAAAUCUAAUUUGCUUGCAGUCUGAACAUAGCCUAACAUGCCCCAAUGAAUCUAACAAAAUACAAACAGUAAAUAGGGUCCAUUUUUGAUUUCAUGUUGACUUCAAGCUAUUAAGAAGCCUGGUGGGGACACCAACACACCAGAACAACUUGAUUAGGACCAGGGCCUAAAAACAACAUGAUGGUCACCAACUACAGUGGUCUUUUCAGCAGGGCAAUACAGCUAUACUCCACAAGCCAAGUUUUUACAUCACAUUGAAUUAUAAAUGCCAUUGAUAGUCAGUCAACUGUCAGUAGCCUAACAGCCAGUGUUGUUGCUUUCUGUUGUGAAUCACUCAAAGAGUUCCUCAGCCUUCAUCUCCACAGAGGGGUUUAACCUCUACUUAAAUGCUUGGUAUUUGCCUGAAUGUGGGUAAAAUAUAGCCACUCCUUCUCUUGAAUUUGAGUGACGGCUGUGGUGCGUCUGAAUGGUGCACCAUUGGGGAUCUGACAUUGUGUGUCCAGUGAUAAAAGGAGGGCUGAGAAAUGUCGGCCAUCCGGAAAUGAAAGACCCAUCAGCCCUGAGAAGCAUUUCAGCGACUACUGAUAAAUAUCUAUGGCAAAGCAGUUUGAAAGACAUCCGUGUGGCCUAUCCAGCCCAUCAGAAGACCAUUCAAAGUGUCUUAGCCUCAACAGAGCCAUAUGCCUGGAAUUUUCUUUGAGCCGACAGUAUAACUACACCUCUAUUUUGUUACUGGACGUUUUGCUCUCCCAUCCCAUGUUUCCGUGACAGGUCCUUUGUGAAAAGUCUAUCCCCGCAUCCAAAUAUGCUUACUUCCCUGCUAUAUAGUAUGCAAAUACAGUACAUCAAAUGAGUAGGAUGUCAGAAUCCGACUGGUUGCACUGUGAAUUCAAUGACAGUAGGUCAAAUGUUCUACUGCGGAAAUUGGUUUGUACUUACCGAAAUUUUAACCACUGCCCCCAGUGGCCAAAGCUGGAAGUGCUCUUGAACGUAUAGGCACGUGUGAGCUCCAGUUUUUAGGCGAAAUAUUUACAGAGUGGACCCAUUGGACUUAUAGUAAAUGAUGCAAUACAGUUACCCCAACCCUAAACCUAACCGUCAAUGGAGCAAAAAUGCAUCCUCCGAAUCGCGCUCACCAUUGUUUAUGUAACGCAAUUACUUCAUGGUUUCCAUGAGACCACAACCACUGUCCCUGAGUUAGGAAAAGGUAAACACAUUUGAAUAAUACAAAAAUGUCUGACGGGGAAUGGCGCUUGUCAGUAAUUUGGCAUAUUCAGAAACAAUUUGAAAGAUCAAAUUCAAUAGCGAUGUCAGAGAACUGCGAGUUUUGAAGCUCUUUUCAAGUGUAAGUGCUAUAUAUAUAUACCAAGAAAGUAGUUACUUGUGUUAAAAAUGUACUUGUUUAACCUAACCAGAGUAAAUUAUUUUUGUGGUUGUUGUUAUACAUUCAGGUCACAGGACAAAGUCCACACUCCUGUAUAAAGUAUGUCCAGGAAUGUAUCUACCUGCAUACUUACUCAACGUACUUUGUUAAUGAUCAAACAAUAAGUUCUUCAUCAAAUGCAGAACAUACUCUGAAAGUAUGCGAAUGCGGAUGCAGCUUAACACUUUUCCCACUGCAAUCCAAGAAGGCUCCAAUAUGUGUCACAGUGGUCAGUGUCAUUAAAGGUGUUUCCUCACAAAAAGAGAGGUUGCAAAUAUAUGUAUAUAUCUGCUAAAUAUUUGAUGAAAUUGAAGCAUUUACAGCUACCUUUGUUUAGUGAGCCAUUUUGACAUGAGCUUUCAAGCCAUGGCUGUUUGUAGAAUGGUGUAUGGUGGGUAGAUGUAAAUGUUUGCAUGUUUUUCUCUAACCCAUUGACUUUAUGUGCUUUUAACAGUAUUAUUAACAGGAUGAUUCACUGCCAAGCAUCAUUCACUAUAAAUACCUGUAAUGUUCUCUCUGUUCAUGGAAGGUGUUUUUCACUUCUGGUUUUCUUGAUCUGCUAAUGUUGUUCUUAGUAUUUCUCUGUAUCUCUAACAUUGUCGACAUAUUGCUGCUCACAUAAAUAAAGUAA